AUGGCAGCAAUAAGCUUAUUAAAUCCUAAAGCUGAGUUCGCUCGUGCCGCUCAAGCUUUAGCUGUAAAUAUCACAGCUGCGAAAGGAAUUCAAGAUGUAAUGAAAACUAACCUCGGGCCGAAAGGCACCAUGAAAAUGUUGGUGUCCGGCGCGGGGGAUAUCAAGAUAACUAAGGAUGGGAAUGUUCUGCUCCAUGAGAUGCAGAUCCAGCAUCCCACUGCGUCUCUGAUAGCCCGCGCUUCAACGGCGCAGGACGACGCCACGGGAGAUGGCACAACCUCCACCGUACUUCUCAUCGGAGAACUGUUGAAACAGGCUGAUAUUUACAUCAGUGAAGGACUCCACCCAAGAAUUAUAACCGAAGGUUUUGAUGUAGCUAGAAACAAGGCUCUCGAAGUUUUGGAAUCCAUGAAAAUUCCUAUCGAGAUCAAAAGGGAGAACCUCAUUGAUAUUACCCGUACUGCUUUAAAAACAAAGGUACAUCCGAGUCUGGCUGAAGUUUUGACUGAUGCUUGUGUCGAUUCAGUACUGGCUAUCCGAGUUGAGGGUAAACCAGUUGAUCUUCACAUGGUGGAACUGAUGGAAAUGCAGCACAAAACAGCUACAGAGACUACACUUAUUAAAGGUCUGGUAUUGGAUCACGGAGCCCGUCACCCUGAUAUGCCGAAACGUGUAGAAAAUGCAUACAUCCUGACUUGCAAUGUUUCACUGGAGUAUGAAAAGACUGAGGUCAAUUCUGGCUUCUUCUACAAGUCCGCUGAAGAUAGGGAGAAGCUUAUUGCAGCUGAGAGAGAAUUUAUUGACCAAAGGGUCAAGAAGAUUGUAGCUCUAAAGAAGAAACUUUGUGACGGCACUGACAAAUCAUUUGUGGUCAUCAACCAAAAGGGUAUUGAUCCCCUUUCCUUGGAUGUACUUGCAAAGGAGGGUAUCAUUGCUCUUCGUAGGGCUAAGAGACGUAACAUGGAGCGUCUGGCGCUCGCCUGCGGAGGCAUCGCUAUGAACUCUGUCGACGAUUUGACUGAAGAGUGCCUCGGUUACGCCGGUCUUGUGUAUGAACAUAUCCUUGGUGAAGAGAAAUACACUUUUGUAGAAGAUUGCAAGAAUCCACAGUCUGUAACCAUCCUAAUCAAAGGCCCCAACAAACACACGCUCACGCAAAUUAAGGAUGCUGUGAGGGACGGCCUCAGAGCGAUCAACAAUGCCAUUGAAGACAAAUGUCUUGUACCUGGCGCUGCUGCGUUUGAAGUGAAGGCUAACAACGAAUUAUUGAAGUUCAAGGACACAGUUAAGGGGAAGUUGCGUUUAGGCAUACAGGCUUAUGCUGAAGCAUUAUUGGUGAUUCCAAAAACAUUGGCCGUUAACUCUGGAUAUGACGCUCAGGACACCAUCGUGAAGCUACAAGAGGAAUCCCGUUUGAACCCUGACCCUAUUGGAUUGGAUCUUAGCACUGGUGAAGCGAUAAAACCAAUUGAUUUGGGCAUCUAUGACAACUAUAUUGUUAAGAAACAAAUCCUUAACUCUUGUUCAGUUAUCGCUAGCAACCUCCUACUUGUGGACGAAAUCAUGAGAGCCGGAAUGUCCAGCCUUAAGGCUUAA